AUGGCUGAAACUGGGAAGGAGUUCCACAUUUCUAUUCUGAAAUCCAACCAAGAUUGUGCGGCUGAAUCGGGUCAACUAUAUCUGGCUACCCUGUCACCGAAAACUCUAGGGUGUUUUCAAGUGUUCAAAGUGUCGUUAUCCACGCUUCAAGAAGAGGACUUAAGCAAGACACUGAAACCGGUGAAAAAAUACGGUAACAACGUGUUCGCGCCACGUGGUAAUUCACCUCGAUUAACUGAAAAAGUCAUCGAAAGUAUGCCAGCAAAUGCCGAUCCUCGAGUAAAAGAAAAUAUUCUUAACAAUAAUUAUUUUCUAAAGAGAGUUGACGGUGAUGACGUGUCGAUUUUCAGCGAUGAUUUACAAGAUCUCCUACCGCAAAAUGUUCAACACGUUCAAACUAAACAAUCAGCUUCCUUGGACGAAUCAAUACCGGUGUAUUUGAUCAUACUUCUAAUUGUUGUUGGUAUUCUUGUAGGUGUUCUUGGUACUUGUUCAGUACUCGUAUUCGUCGACUAUAAGAAUAAUCCAAAAUUCGAUACGACUCCAGUGAGAAUCAACUCGAAAAUAUUCAACGACAUUCGCGAUGAAUGGAAAAUCCUCAAGCAGCAGCCGAAGCCACAUGCAAAGUUAAAAGAUCUUCGUGGACGAUAG